UUUGUGCCACUCGGCCGUUUGGGGGAUGCCCGCGGGCGUUUGGGCCGUUGGUGGGCGCCGGGCCGUGUCCGUGCCACUGCUGCCUCAGUGCUGCUUUGGGUGCUUUGGGCAGCCAGGGGCCGAUCCACGGCCGUUUGGGAGCCGCUCUCGGGAGCAUUUUGGGGUCAUUGUGGGGUCGUUCUGGGCUGGUUUUGGUGCCAUUUGGGCUGUUGGAGCACCGUUAAGGCGCGUGUUGGGGUCAUUUUGGGGUUGUGUUGGGGAUAAUUUGGGGUUAUUUGGAAGCCAAUGGUGUCCAUUUUGAGGCCAACCAGAGCCUUUUCAGUUCGUUUCAAGCUGUUUUGGGGCCAUGUGUGUCACUCAUUGAUUUCUUUGGGUCAAUUGUGGGGCCUUGUGGAUCCGUUGUGAGUGGUUUUGGGGCCAUUCUGAUGCCUUUUGAGCCAUUGCAGGGCCUUUUGUGUCCAUUUGGAACCAUUUCGCAUUAGUUUGGGUGACUUGGAGGCAGUUUUGGUCUAUUAGGUCUGAUCUGGGGGCAUUGUGGGGUUGUUUCUGUCUGCUUUGAGUCCAUUAGGUGCCAUUUCUGUGCGUUUUGGGCUGACUGUGUCCUCUUGGGUCCAUUUGUGGCUCAUUUGGUGCAAUUGAGCCGCUCUCUCACCUCCCAGAGCAGAACAUGACGGGCAGAUCUCAGCUCCACCAUCCAACACUUGCACACCAUGGCAGCAGGAGAACAACAACCAAAUUCCCCACAGCACGAAGCAGAGCAGUUCUGCCCAGGAGAUGAAAACCAACGAUCCAAACGGGGCUGCAAAUGGAACAUGAGCAGAAGGAAAAACCUCCCUUUUGCUCUGUUGCUCCAGCAUUCUGAGUCGUGCUCACCUCGCCCACCCUUCUCCCACGUCUGCCCCGACGCCUGGCUCGGUUUGCAAGGGAAAUGCUUUUAUUUCUCGGCCAGCGAGAGUGACUGGGACAGCAGCAGGGAGCACUGCCAGCGCCUCGGAGCUUCCCUGGCCACCGUGGACACGGAGGAGCAGAUGGCUUUCAUGCUGCGGUACCUGGGCCCGGCAAACUGUUGGAUUGGGCUGCACAGGGCAGAAGGGGACGAGCGCUGGACGUGGGCUGACGGCAGCGCCUUCAGCAACUGGUCAGUGCGUGCGUCCGUCUGUCUGUCUGGGAUGUCUGUCAGGGUCUGUUUGGGAUGGGCUGGGAUUGGGUUUCCCAUUCUGCUCCCUGCUGUGCUCAGGUUCCAGCUGCGAGGCGGAGGCCGAUGUGCGUACCUGAAUGGGGACAGGAUCAGCUCAGCCCUGUGCCACACUAAGAAGCUGUGGGUGUGCAGCAGAGCUGACAGCUUCAUCCUCUGGAGGAAUGGGACAAAUCCACAGUGACAGAUCCCAGCCCAGCCAGCUCGUGCCAAUGCUGCUGGGCACGGCCAUGCCAUGGCUGUGUGCUGGAAUCUGCCUCUUUCCAGCACUGCUGCAGCUGUUCCUGCAUGGAACCACGCAGCUCUGCUGCUCGUUAUCUCUCAGGGAACAUGUUUAAUUGCACCGUGCCAUAAAGGAAGGGUCCUCUGAGGUCCUCGAAGGUCACAGCAGCACGAACGAUCCCAUGGUGCUGCCCCAAUGCGGCCGGACCCGAGGAUGGGGUAUUUCUGCUCUCCUUUCGGGCUCUGUGUCACAUCACAGUGCCACCACUGUGUCACAUCGCGGUGCCAUCGCUCCCAGCCGCCGUCUGACUUUGGCUCUGGCCGACGUUGCUCCCGGUGCUGUCACACGGCCGGAGCCCUGCAGGAGGCUUUCUGCACUUACAGUUCUGCCCUAUGGCUUUGCCCCACGAGGAGCACUGCAGUCCCAAUGGAACACUGUCAUCUUUGGCCUCACAACGCACACGGACAUUUCCUCGGGUUCCACAGAGCCUGCUUUAAGAGCGGCUCACUGUGCCAUCGGGAGCACUGGGAAUGUUCUGAGCUGGGAGCAGCGGGUGGCAGUGGGACAUUCCGUGCUGGAGCUGAUGGUGAACAAAGGGGGAGCAGUCGGGGGGCACUCGAGCAGCCUGAAUAGCGCUGAGCACGGCCAGAGGGACAGCAGCUCGUAUCUGAGAGUCCUUGGGAAAGGAGGAGUUCGUGUGAGAGUGCAGUGCGUAUGGCUGUGUGAGCUGUUCGUGUGCAGGACCUGAACCCCACGAGGGUGCACUCACUGGUCACGUCCCGCAGAGCAAACAGUGAGGAAUAAAGACUGGGAGUGGAACGUUGGUUCUGCGUUGUAAUUAAUGAGACAAGUGUUUUAUCUCACGGUCAGUGCCGCCGUUCUGUGUCCUGUCCUGGUACUCAUCAUUCCUCCUGGGGCUCUCUGGAUUUCGACGGGGCUCUCUGAAGGUCUUCAUCACUUUCCUUUGGAUGAACUUUCCACAUUGGCGCACGCUCAGCAGGAAGAUGGAGUAAUUUAUAGGUACGGAGAGUGCAGCCCUGCUCUGCGCAGCCGUCUGGAACGGCUCUGAGCCAGGAGCACAGGACAAGUUCCACAUCCCAGCCCUGGACAGCGUGAGAACGCCUUUACGAAUCAGAAACCCUGGACAAGGAUAUGAACAGGCUCAUUGCGCUGACUGCCCUUCGUCCCUCCGCCUUCCUUUCCCCCCGUCUCCUCUCGCGACUCCCUCAGCGCCGUGCCGUUCCCGAUCCCAUCUCCGCACGCCCGCACAACGGCCGCCGUUCUACUCGUAGCGCCCAGCGCCGCUGCCGCCGGGGAGCGACGGCUCGGCAGCGCCGCUCCGCGGUCACACAGAGGAAGCGCAGCCGCGCGGCGCUCCGUCGCUGGAGGUGCCCGAGGCCGUUCCGCCCGCGUUCGUUGUGCCGUACGUUCCGCGUCUCCCCGCCCCCAGCACAGCCCUACGACGGCCGCCGCGCUGCCCCCGCCGAUCGCAGUGCGCACGCGCAGCAGCAACGCCGCUCUCUGCUGUAGCAGGGGACGAAGUCGGGCGGAGCGGGGAGGGGCCAGGGCUGGGGGCGGGGCCUGCGUUGCCACGCCCAAGGGGGAGAGCUGUGCGCCAAGGGCGGGGCUAUGCUAAUCUGCGGCGCAGGGGCCGGCGGUAGUUCAGAAACACGAAGAACCGGGGAACGGCGGGCAGAUAUCGGGGCGGAGCGGGAACGGAGAAGGGCGCUGCGUGGUGGGGAGCGGGGCUGGGGCGGCAGGGGAGGGGUCGGUGCGAGCGGUGUGUGCGCGUCCGUGAGAUGUCGAGAGCGCGCGUGUCUGCGGGACGUGUGCGGGGAGAGACGCAGGCAUCGCUUCUCGGCCUUUUGGCUAAGAUCAAGUGUAGUAUCUGUUCUUAUCAGUUUAAUAUCUGAUACGUCCUCGAUGAGAGGACUUUAUAUUAAACGGAUUUUGGGGCGCGGGAGUUGGACCCGGAGCUUGCUCCCUCCGCUCCGCGCAUCGUCCCGGUAUGGCAGUACCUCCGGGCACGGUGCACCUCCCCUCUCGGGGAGGAGCGUUGGUGGUGAAGGGCAGAGCGGCAGGCGGUGUUUGGUGCGGAGCGGUGUGCUGCUGUGUUCCCGCAGGGGGCGCUGAUGGUCCGCAUUCGGCGGUGGGUUGCCGCUGCUUGCGCUGCUCCUUCAGAGGAGCGGCUGUCCGCCCUCUGGAGCCCCUUCCGGGAGCCGUGGGGGUGCGGGAGCGGGGUCGGAGAAGGGCACGCUGAUGGCUGGGUGCUGCAGCUGUGUGUGGGGAAGGCCGACGGAGGGGCUGUGCAGCCUGGAGCAGAGACGGCUGCGGGGAGACCGCGCUGCGACUGUCGGCGCCUGAAGGGGCCGAAGCACAGCAGUAGAAGCGGCUUUGUGUGCGGGCAGAGAGCGGUGGGACGAAGGGGGGACGGCGUUAAACUGAAAGAGACUGAGGUCAGAUGGGCACCUCGUGGUUUGUUCUCUGGUUCGAGCAACCUCCUGCAGGAUAUCCUUGCAAAGCGUAUCCGAAAAUGUUACAUACGUAUUGGUGCUGUCCAGGCACAGACUGUUGCUGCCUGUGCAUGUAUGUGGCUAAUUAUUUACCUUCUCCUCUUAUUCUCUAUCGCUCGGGUCUUGUCUGUGCAGCACCAAAUGCUGGCAGUUCUCCAACGUCGGGGUCUUUGAUCUGUCUGACCUGCCCUUAACUGAAGGCUCAGAGGUGUUUCAGAUGGACGGACAGACAGGAGCUGCAGCCUCUGUGCCUGCAGCCACCUGCAUCCACCUCAUCUCUCCACGCCUAUAAAUCACUGCCCUGUGUACUAAGCGUGCAUUGCUAGGGAGGUUCACCUAGAGCACAAGUGAUGGAAACUAUCGGAGACCCACAGAAAAGUAGAAAGACGCCUGAAAAGGGCCGUGGCAGCAGAGUCCAUGAAAUAAAAACACUUACCUUGCUCUAACGCAGAAGCAGCAUUCAAUUCCCACAAAACUGAACUGAAAGAAGUGAAACUGAGGUGGGAUGUGGGGAAAUCCUUCACCUGAGGCGGUGCGGCACUGGCACCACUGCCCAGAGCUGUGGGUGCCCCAUCCCUGGAGCUGCCCGAGGCGUGGAUGGGAGCCGGGCAGCCCGAGCUGGAGGCACACAUCCCUAACGGGAUUUGGAGCUCGCUGCUGCUUUCAAUCCCUUCCAACUCGACCCAUCGCUCCUCACACCCUCCCGGGCCGUCCGGCUCAGCUGGGUCCAUACGCGGUGCCGUCGCUCUGCCGGCCGCAACCCCUCCCGUGCUGCCCGGCUGCGUCCUUUUGGCGCUGCCGGAACGGAGCUGCCGCGUGCGGGGAAAGGGGGAAGAAGAACAGCUGCUCCUCGGGGCUGUGCGGGCAAGGAGGGCAAACGGAGGGCGAGGAAGGGCGGAGGAGCUGAGAGUCACAUACAGCGACCGCUGAGCGCGGGAGAGAACGGCCGGAUUUAUUGCAGCAAAGCGGCCCGAGCGGCACCUCGUGCGACGUGAAGCGGAAGGAAAAAGAAGAGACGGAAAGCAGGCGGCUCGCACCGCGCCCAGCUUCGGGCAGCGCUGCGCUGCUCUGCGCUGCACCGCGUGGUAUCGAUGUGCGAGAAAAGGGGCGGCUCCGUAUGGCCGAACAGGGAGAGGGGGGAACGCGCUGCAGAACCGAGCCGAGAGCGCCCGGAAGACGCCUGAGAGCGGAGGGAGCGCCGCCGUCCCGGGUAGGGCAUCCCCCGCACGGCCCGGCAGACGGAGCGCGCAACUCCGGCCCCGCCGUCUCCCCGCCCUCCGCCAUCGGGCGGAGCGGGAGCGAAGCCGUGCGGCGCGAGGUGGGGAGCGGCAGUGGGGUUGCGGGGGAGGGGUCGGUGCGUGCGGCGUGUGCGCGUCCGUGAGAUGUCGGGGUCGCGCGUGGGGGCGGUUGGUGUCCGGGCAGGGACACACGCAUCGCUUCUCGGCCUUUUGGCUAAGAUCAAGUGUAGUAUCUGUUCUUAUCAGUUUAAUAUCUGAUACGUCCUCGAUGAGAGGACUUUAUAUUAAACGGAUUUUUGGGCGCGGGAGUUGGACCCGGAGCUUGCUCCCUCCGCUCCGCGCAUCGUCCCGGUAUGGCAGUACCUCCGGGCAC